UGAUAAAAUUCCAAGAUAAUUCGUAUUGGGUAAGAAAGCCAUCACUCGGUUUCAUUCGUCUCUAUUAGGCACUAGGUGUUUUGGUACCACUUGACAACACUUACCACACGUCACAUCACAGAAUAUAGCCGGACCCAUCUUAAACGCCAUGGCGAACAACACCGACGACGGUAGCAGACUCGCUUCUCUCAAUUCGGCUACCCUCGGAGCUGAAAUGCCCCAAAUUACGUUGCCUGACGGAACCAAGGUACAGACGGGAACAGUGGGUGCAUUACUCAUCAACAUUCGUACGUAUAACGAGGCGUACAAGGCCGGAGAUAAGGGCAAGCUAGCUCAGCUGGAAGAAGCGAUGCGCGCGACGUUACCAUUACUGGGCAGGGUUGGCAUGUUCGACCUCUUCUCACCCGAAGAAUGGAUCCAGGGAGACAACGAGGGCCGGAGAGUCGUGGGCAAAUUGUACCAACAGUUCAAGUCGGAACAGAAGUAGGCGGAAUAGUCUGUAUUUUUCAUGAACGGGGAACUCCCAACUCCAUUAGACAAUGUGUCUGU